CUAACCACUGAGCCACCGGGCGUGUGUGUUUGAACUGCAUACUCAUCAAUGUAUUAGAAUGCUACAUAAAAAAGGUUAUGAUAGACAUCGUAGAACUGCACAUUAGGCAGUAAUUUAAUUUGAUACUAUAUAACACACGGGGACGGAGUUCAAAAGUGCAGCUGUACACGGUGAAAUAUUGUGGUGGUGAUCGAAUCGAUCUCUUCAAAGUUCAUUGCAAUUAUCAGGAUAUGUUCGAUAUAAACAGUAUUUUCAUUAUUUAAUUUAUUAUAUAAAUAGUACAAACGCUGAGUAAUAAUUAACAAGCAGUUUCCUAAAGUAGGCAUUUGUAUCUCCGUAGGUGGAAACAAAAUAACAAUAGUAAUAAUAAUAUUUUUUUUUCGUUAUUGUUAUUAUUAUUAUUAUUGAAUAAAAAAAAAUAAAAGUAAAUAAAUCAGAAUUUAUAGAAAUUUACUCAGCAACGUGCGGAAAGUAAAAAAUAGACAAUUUGGUUGCGGGAGCGGAGGCUGUGUGAUAUGCUGUCUCGGAGUAACCUUUCCUCAAGUGUGCUGUGCUGUGUUGUGCAGGUACUGCUGCCUUUACCCCUCCACCCUCCGGCCCCCGCCCUCACCGAAUUAACAGUCCCAACACUCAAAAGUUUGCUGUGCCGGUGAAAUUUUAACUUGGUGCCGAUUAUUCUGUGCCUUGCUGCAUUGUGUUACUUUUUUGUGUGAACUGGACCUCCAUCCUACAAUGGAAAGCAACGGCGAUAACACAAAUCAGAUAAAAGAAAAGGAAAAGCUGGUCUCCCAAAACAGCAGUGUUCUUGCAGACAUUGUUAUAUCCUUCAGUAGUUCAUCAGACAGUGAGGAGGAGCAGGACCCCAGCCUCAUUGCUAUCAAGAAGCCAAGUUGGAGUCUGCUUCAAACUUCUUUUUCCACAACCAACAACAGUAAAAUUCAUUCAACGUGGACCAAAGACCUCCAAGAGCAGACAGACAACGCUAAGGCAGCCAGUCAGAGCAGAAAGAUCCAAGGCUCAAAACUGAUUGACCCGGGAUUGGACAACACCAGUGCCAGCUCCAGCACUGAUCUAGAGGGUCCCUCAGGCUGCACCAGCACUGCCACUAGUCCACAGCAUAAGGACAAUCCAUUCAAAUCAAAGCCAUGGUCUGUGACAGACAUCACUCAUCUGCUGGAGAAGAUGCAGAACCAGCUCCCCAAGUUGGACAAAAAAAGCUGCCUAUACACUGCCAAAAAGAUAAACUGGAAUAAGAUUGCAUUUGACAUCUUCACUGCUGAGGAUUGCAAGAAAGCAUUUGAAUUUCUUCUCACUAACAUCAAAUUAGUGAAGACAAUGACUGCUGUUAUUAGUGAGCUGAAAGAAAAAAUACCAAGUGGGAAGUUGAAAGCAAGCCUCAUCUUACAACCUCGACAGCAAUUUGUGAGGGAUUUUGCUGAUAAGAAUAAAGGCUUGGUGUCUGGGAUUGAUCUAUUUGCUGCAAGUGCUGAAGCAUGGAAGAAGCUCCCUCCAGAAGAGAAAGAGCAGUACAGAAAGGAUUACAUUUUGGCCAAGGAAAAGGAGAUUGCUCGCAUGUGUGGUGAUGAGCCUCCUGUGCAACCAAGGAUUCCCUUUGAGUUGUAUUAUGAAGAACUGUGCAAUAAAAAAGGAAAGAAGAAUUUAGAUUUGAAGGCAACUGCCAGGAAGAAAUACAAGAAUUUAAGUCUAAAGAAGAAACUCAAGUAUAUUUCGUUGUCAGCCAUUGAAUUAUACACCUUUGAGCUUCAGGCUGCUAAAUAUCUUGUGAAGCAUCCAGACUGGACUGUUCCAGCAAGGAAGGGGCCGAGUAAGGAGGACUGUGAGAUGUAUCUUAGAUCUUUAGAUAUGCCCACUCGUCCUCCAAACAGAGCGAGCCUUCUGUAUUACCAUAAAAAAUUGAAGGAAGGCAAGUUUGAUAACAUUCCUGGUACUAGACGUCUCUUUCAUGCCACAGAACAAUUCAGAAAUCUUCCUGAUAAUAAGAAGAGGAAGUACAAGGAGAGACAUAAGCAGAUGGUUCAAGAAUACACAGUAGAAUAUGAAAAUUGGAAGAAAAGCCAAAAUGACAUUGUACGGAGCCUUGCAGACAGAUUUUUGGGAAGAAAGCAAGUUUUACCCUCUGGCACUCUCUGCUGGCUUCAGGAAUCUUCCAGGAAGAGAGAAGAAACGGUACUUAGUGAACCAAGGUCGGAGAAAAAAGACACCCUAUCCUGGGAAGCAAGAUGGUCUUGUUGCAGGGAGCGGUCAGAGUGUGAGCCUGCUGAAUCCUCAGAUAACAAGAAUUUGGUCUCUUCAGAAAUACAAAAAUUGAGACAGAUCUGUAAGCAGGAGGUUUUUUUCAAUGUCAACCAACCACUGGAAGCAAGGAUGGAGAAAAUCAUGCUCAUGUUGAGUGGAUAUGAAUACCUCCCCAACAAAGUUAGGCAGAAUUUUGAUAGUACAUUAAAGAAGUGGAAGUACACUCUUCAAGCAUCCAUCAUCAAUGACGUUAGGCGGCUGGACACAUACGAGCAGCAGGAGUUCCUCUUGAAAUACAGGUCUGUGUGCAAGCGGUUCUUUAAGUGUGACAUCUUCAAUGUGUUUCCCACUGACAAGUAACCAAAGUUCCAUUGCUUAUAAGUGAAAAUGCAAGUGUGUUGUUUGCAUGUACAUACAUCUGAUGGUACUCUUCUAACCAAUGAUGGUUCAAUAUAAUGUAUGAUCACAAGAUAAAGAUACUGGAUAAACCCACUCAAGGAUACAAAUAUAGUAACAGAAUAUAAAGAUGUCUAUUGAUGUGGAAGAUACUGUAUAAGAGAUUAAAUAUUUAGGGAAGACAUUUAUUAAGAAUAGAUAAAUUUGCAGAAGUUGAGUGUAACAACUCCCCUCAUUGGCUUUGCAAGAAAACAAUAUUUUUAUUAUGUACAUUUACUAAAGCUAAUAUAGGAUGAAAAAUGAACAUAGAUCAGUAUUGUAUUGAUAGUGAUUACUUGCUUCCAUGAACUUUAUGGAAAGAGUAUAUACAUGAUUUGGCAGCAUGAACAGGCAAAUUACAUACCCAUGAAAUUCCCAUGGAGGCAGAGAGAGAGAAAGAGAGA